GCGCACUUACCACUUUACAGUUUUGACAGUUACAGGUGAACGAAGUGAUAGAAGAAUGUUUACUUUAAAUUUCUGUUAGUUAAAUCAUGUGAAUAAUGCAUUUAUAAUUUGUUGCAACGAGUGCUAUUUAUUUCGACGGAAGUAUGAUUUAGUUGGAUUUAUUCUUUAUAAAAAGUUGAAAAAAUUAAUCCUGGUCACGGAACGCUCUUCGGAUUUUAUUGCCAUUAGUCAGGAUGACUUGGGAGCCUACUCAUGUACAAUUAACAGUUCUUAGAGCUAGAAAUCUUGUUGGGAAGAUAAAAGGAAAGAAUAUUGCAAAGAUUACAGAUGUAUUUGUCACUAUAGCUCUUGGAAAGGAAAAGUUCCAGACCUCCACUGUGAAAUAUGGGGGCAAGGUCAACAACAGUGUGGAGUGGUUCGAGGAGUGUGAUCUAUCAAUACCUCACAUGUCGGCUGAAGUUGAGGUCCAGGUGAUGAACAGAGGUCUCCUUUCAGAUGAGUUUAUUGGCUAUGUCUCAGUUCCAUUGAAGCAAUAUGAUGUCUACGAAAGGCCCAGAAGCCAUUGGGUACAGCUUGGUCAAAAGCCCAGUAAGUUACCAGAUGGUAGAUGUCGGGGAGAACUGGAAAUACGCCUUACCUUCCAUGUGAGGAGUAAAACUGAUGACUCUUCAUCUACUGGAAGUCUGAAGACCAAGAGAUCUGGUUCAAUAAAAACUCUUGUCUCAGCUAUGGGAGACAAGUUUUCGAGACGGUUAUCAUUGCGUGGUUCUCGGGAAUUCUUCACCCCACAGCCUCACAAACCCUUUAAGAAUGUCUCUACUAAAACCACCCCAUAUUCGGGAGAUAUCAUCCCUACCAAUAAUCCGGUUAAAUUUGAGGCGGUUGACCUGUAUGUACCGGAACAGUGCUGGAGAGAAAACGAAUUUGAAAAUGAUCUGAUAUUUAAAAAAGUUGUUACAAAGGAAGGAGAUGGAAAUUUUGCAAGAAGUUACAGCUUAACAAGUGAUAAGAGGAGAAAUAACAGAGACUUUAAAAGUAGAUCUUUAAUGGAACUCCCUGGUGAACGUUCAUUUACAUUACCAAGUCGAGGUCGCAGUAAACAGCGCCCCUCCCUGGAUGAUAGUGCACUCGGCCAGUCACACACAAGUUCACGAAGUUCAAGAAGUUCUGUGACUUCGCAAGAUGGAUACUUAGAAAACAUGUUUAGAAAAGAGUGUGAAGUAGAUGACAGAAUGAAUGAUAUAUAUAAUGACAAUAUUGAAGAAGAAUCUGAGGGGGAAUACGAGCAAACUCGAAGACGUUCAGCACAAGUUUUGGAUGAAUCGUUAGAAACUGAAACUGAAUCUGAGAUGUCUGAAUCAGAUUCAGAUAAUGAUCAAAUCACUCUACCAAAGGUGAAGUUGAAAACAAGUAUAAGUGCACCAUUAGAAGGAAGUGUAAGGGAAAACAACGAAUUACAGAAAACUGCUGCUGAAGACACAGACGAAUCUAGGGAAAUUCAUUCUAUAGUUAGUCAGUGUCACAGUUUAGAUAGUGAAACGGGUAAUAGAUACAAACGUGAAGGUGAGGUGUUUGACGGGACAGUCAGUCCUAGUGAAUAUACAUCUGAACUUGAUCGUGUAAUAGCCAGAGAACAAAGUAGAAAUAAAUCCAAUACGUUAAAUUCACAAGGUACAAGUGACGGACAUACCUCCUCGCAUACAUCUUCUAGUAGUAUUAGUUAUCAAGGGAAAUCAGCUGCGGAGAGGGCAUUUGAUCGAGGUUCAACUGAUUCUGUGUCGGCUAGUUCCAGGAAAAAGAUAUCCCCAAAAGCAGAGUUUAGUUUCACUUCACAAACUUCUAAUGAAGAUACGAGACCACAACGAAAAAAAUCAAGACAGUAUGUUAAAGGAGGGAGACGAUACACAGUUCAGGGUCUUGAAGGAUUAUCAACGCACCGGUCAGCCCCCGAUAUCCGAGACCAGCGUCCAGUGUUAAACAGAGAAGAUUCUGUACCUGGGGAUUUAAUGGCGGUCUAUAAAAAUAUGAAUAGAGAGGAGUUGAUAAAGUUGGUAGUUACGCAUAAAGCGCAGUUGAUACGGAAAGAUCAGUAUAUAAAGGAAUUGGAGAAUUACAUUGACAACCUUCUAGUCAGAGUUAUGGAAAGCUCUCCACGCAUAUUGCAGAACUUGUGACAUGUGACUUCAGUCAGCUUGGAUGUGCAAUUGUGACAUUUGGACACAACUGGAAGUCAAGCUAAAUCAUGAUUAUACUUGCAGUGAGGGGUAAAUGGUACUCAACAUCUGUCGAGAAAUUUAGUCUGUGAAUAUUAAGUUCAUUAUAAUUUUGUUUAUAUAUUUCAAACUGGUCUGUAACUAAAACUAGGUAAACAGGAAUAAUUAAAAUUAGAGAAUGAAGACAAGAAAAAAAUUGAGGGAAAAAAACUGGAAAUUCAUUGUUGUUUCCUAAAAUUCUGUUCAGAUAAAAGGUCAGAAAUAUGCAUUUAUAGUGCCUUAGAUAAUUGAAUUUAGAUGAUUUAAUUUUACCAUGAAAGUGGUCCACCUUAGCCAACUGAAUACAACAGUUCAUUUACAAUGAAAUAUUUUUGGUUACUAAUUUUUGUUUAAUAUUCAAAAUGUUUAGUGUCUAAUUCUGUGAUGAAAGAGAUUUGUGGUACAGGUUGUAGUGAUAACAAUAUAGGAGCAGUCUUUCAGUUGUUACUUUCUACAUCAUAUGUGCAGUUGUUACGUUCUUGUAAUUAUGAAGUUUAGGUAGUUAUCUGUUACAAGAAUGUGUGUAUGUAAUACUUAUAGUAUCCAUGGUUUAUCUGUACUGGCUACACCUCCAGAAGAAUUUUAGUAAUAAUAGUGUGAAGAGGAUAGAGUGCAUUUUGUUUCACAUAUUUUUAUAGUUUUGAAUUCCCCCACCUAAGAAAGUAAGUGUGUUGUUCAUCUUAAAUGAUAUAACAGUCUAUACAUUAAACUUUUUUGUACCAAUUUGUGUUUUUAUAAUGGAGCUGCUUUUACUUAAUAUAAUGUACAUAGGAUGAAUGUUUUGUGUGUAUUUGACAUUCACUGCACAAUACUCCAGGGAAGUAGCAUCUGUGACAUUUAAAAUAUAAUUGUUUUCCUUUGUUAACUGACACUAGCAAUCAAAGUACACCAUUUUUAAAGCAGUUACAUGGAAUUUAGAAGGAUUUUUGAAAACUGAACAAUGUCAAUGCAAUUUUGGUCUUGAAUUGUCACCUCAAUCUAUAUUACGUAGCAUGAUUGCCAAAUGACUGACCCUGCCCAGCAGAUUAAGCUCCUUAUUUACAAAGAAUUUUGUCAUUCCAUUGUUUGCUUGUUUGUUUGUUUGUUAUAGGUUUAUGAUACAUUGGAAAGUAUGCAUGGUACAAAUGUAUUAAUAAGUUAAUUUGUCUAGUUUGUUAUGAUGUUAUCAUGUAUUUACUUAAGGAGAUCUGAAGUGAAGAAUCAUGCAUUUAUUGUUUUGGGCAGCUGACACUUUAUCAUUAGGACAUUUUACUUUUUACCUCUAAAUAAAUGCCCCUGUGGUUAUUGCAAUUUUCAAAAGGGAACUUUUAAUUAUAGCUCAGUUUUAUAGACUAUAAUUAUAUUUCAAUUUUGAUUACAACUAAAAAUAGAAUUCAUCAAAGACAAAAAAAGUUUGAAGUGGGUGUGGGGGUGGUGAUUUAGAAUUCUACAAUUUACUUUAUGAAGAAUGAAUUUCAUUUACCGGCUAGCUAUUUUUGCAAUACCUGUCUGUUUAUUUUUAUUUUUUGUUGCAAAAAUACUGGCAUUUAGUGCUUAUUUUUAUGUGUUUUCCUUGAAUAGAUAUUUUCAUGGUAUUUACUAUAUUAAACAGCCCAGGGGUUUUAUGGAUUUUUUCUACAAAGGAUUUUUUUCUUCUUCAAAAUUUAUAUUGGACUAAAUACAAAAUUUUGAUUGCUGAUCCAUAUUUAUAUGCUUUGAAACUUUUAAGUCUAGAAGGGUACUUUAUAAGGAAUACACAGUAAUUUGUUUAAUUAAAUUAUACGAGAGCUUUUAUUGAAAGAAAUAUAGUAUAAUCUAUAUUGUUGAGCAUAAUUGAAGUUGCUGUAAAACUCAUUGAAACCAUAACCAUGUUUAUUGUCCAAUUCUGUCUAAGGAACUUCUAGAAUUCUGACUGUAAUCUAAUUCAUUUUUGUUUACUUGCCAAAAAUAAGUUUUUUGAGAGAAAAUACUUGUAUAAAUAUUAAAAUGGAAUUAUGUGCAUUUUUCAAGUAAAAAUCUAGCUCAAAUAGAUGUGUGUGUAAAAAGGGUGGAGGAAAUUAUAGCUUUUAACCCAUAUACCAAACUCUUCCUAUUAGCAGUACGAAAUAAUAACUUUACAAAUCUGACUUUUCUUAUUUUGACUGGGGCAGUCUUUUAAGAAAAGUGAAAUUGCACGCAGGAAUUGCUUCCCUUUAACUUCUGAAAUCUCUGCCUAUAGGUAAGGGAGAUCACUGCAUAGAAAAUUGAAGAAAAGAACUAUUAUUUUAUUAGUCUGAAUUCUUUAUUUCAAAAGCAUCAACUUCAAAUACUUAUGCGGCAUUAUUGUUAGUUUAAAACAUUUAAAUGCACAGCAUCUGAAAAUUGCUUUGAUAAAACAUUCACUAAAACACACACUUUGUGCAGUAAGAUGUGCAUAAUCUCAUUUUAAGCUCCUGUACAUACUAAGAAAAAUCUUUUUAAAUUGCCUUUAUAUGCUUUUUCUUUACUAACACAGUUUAACAAGAAUCCUACUAUAAAUGAAGAUAAAACAGCAACUUUUAAAAAUUCUUUGGCCCAAAAUAUUGUAAGGAAAAUAUUUUACCAAAGUGGAAUAACAUGAGUAAAUCAAAACUGUAUUGUAAGGUGUUAAAGUGAAGUUUAAAAGUUGAACAGUCAUUGGAGUUCUUCAUUCCUAUAUAUAAUGGUAAUUUUAUCAAGCAAGGCUGUAUAUGAUAGUAAUUUUAUCAAGAAUUGAAAAAAGUAAUAAUUAUUGUCAAAAUAUCCUACUAAGAAGUAUAAUUAUGUUUACAUUUCAUGUAUUAAGCAGGAGAAUCUCCCAACUUUUUAAGUGUAUGGUGCUUUACAUCAUCAUUUCUAAGCUUUUUAUGUUUUUUAAAAAAAAAUAAUUUAUACUUUUAUAUUUCUGCAUCACUAGAUCUGUAUUGUUAAUUAGAUUUUGACAUGUAUAAUUCUGUAAAUUUUAUAACUUAACUUGUCUAAAUCGCCUCGAGAUGUUUGCUGGUAAAGCUCUCGUUAUACAAGGUUAUAAUAGUAAUUCUAUAUAAAUCUGGUAUAAUAACUGUUCAAUUGCAUACUUGGUUUUCAGUUUAAUUGGGCACAAUUUAGUCUCAGUGACAAAUCGGUUAGAUAGUUUUCCCUUAAUAACAUAAAGCAAUUAAAUAAGCAUUCAUUUCAUAAAAAAUAAGUGUUAAUACAAUAUGCCACGAUAUAAAAUAUCUGCCUUACCGAUUUGGAACAUUUUAGAUUUGGACAAUAAAGUGAAUUUACAUUCCUCUUAUCAAUAUUCUAAUAUAUUGAUAACUAAUUUUUAUGCCAUUAAUUGUUUGAAAGGUUUCAGAGAUACUGAAUAGAGAUAAUUGAGCCACGCCAUGAGAAAACCAACAUAGUGCAUUUGCGAGCAGCAUGGAUCCAGACCAGCCUGCCCAUACAUGCAGUCUGGUCAGGAUCCAUGCUGUUCGCUAAUGGUUUCUCUAAUUGCAAUAGGCUUUGAAAGCGAACAGCAUGGAUUCUGACCAGACUGGGCAGAUAUGCAGGCUUGUCUGGAUCCAUGCUGGUCACAAAAACACUAUGUUGGUUUUCUCCUGGCUGGGCCCAUGUGGUACUGUUCUUUGCUGUUUGGUUUAGUUUAACUGAAUUCAUGUUCCAUCAUUUGUAUGUACUGUUCAUGUUAAGAUCAUUUUACUGCGAUGUAGUAUAUCUUAUUGCCCAUGUCUGUUUUAAGUUGUUUCAGUUCGCUUAAGUGCAAUUUUAUUUAUGCUUUUCCGUGUGUACCCAUAAUGCAAUAUUGUAGUUAUAUUCUGUUGUAGACUUAUCUUUGUUUUUCAUUGACUGAGGAUCAUUGUUUGUAACAACUGUUACUGAUAAUAAUUGAAUGAUUUAUUAUCCUGGCAGGUAGUAUUUUUUACUACUCAAAGCAUACUAAAGUUUGUAGAAAUCUAGAAAUGGGCUUUCUUUACAAAUUGCUAAGGUUGUUUAUUAUUACCUUUCCCUUACAUUGUUAGAUUUAAGCCUGGCUAGAGUUUGCUAAAUGGAAGGUCAUGGCUUCUGCCUAAGGUUUGAUAAGCCACUGUUUGGUAAAAAGUUUUUCUUGAUUUCUACAGUGGUAAUACUAAAUAGGAGCUCCUUAAAUUUUUAAUAGGCCUCGAUUUUAUCAUCAAAAAAAGGAUUUUGAUGGAGUAUCAUUUAAAACUUCACCCAUUUUUAGCUCAUCUGAUUUUUUGAAAAAAAAUGAUGAGUUAUUGUCAUCACUUGAGCGGUUGUCGGCGUCGGCGUCGGCGUCGGCGUUGCCUGGUUAAGUUUUAUGUUUAGGUCAGCUUUUCUCCUAAACUAUCAAAGCUAUUGCUUUGAAACUUGGAAUACUUGUUCACCAUCAUAAGCUGACCCUGUAUAGCAAGAAACAUAACUCCAUCUUGCUUUUUGCAAGAUUUAUGGCCCCUUUUGUACUUAGAAAAUAUCAGAUUUCUUGGUUAAGUUUUAUGUUUAGGUCAACUUUUCUCCUAAACUAUCAAAGCUAUUGCUUUGAAACUUGGAAUACUUGUUCACCAUCAUAAGCAGACUCUGUACAUCAAGAAACAUAACUCCAUCUUGCUUUUUGCAAGAUUUAUUGCCCCUUUUGGACUUAGAAAAUCAGUUUUCUUGGUUAAGUUUUAUGUUUAGGUCAGCUUUUAUCCUAAACUAUCAAAGCUAUUGCUUUAAAACUUGCAACACUUGUUCACCAUCAUAAGUUGACCCUGUAUAGCAAGAAACAUAACUCCGUCCUGCUUUUUGCAAGAUUUAUGGCCCCUUUUGGACUUAGAAAAUAUCAGAUUUCUUGGUUAAGUUUUAUGUUUAGGUCAACUUUUUCUCUUAAACUAUCAAAGCUAUUGCUUUGAAAUUUGGAAUACUUGUUCACCAUCAUAAGCAGACCCUGUACAUCAAGAAACAUAACUCCAUCUUGCUUUUUGCAAUAAUUAUUGCCCCUUUUGGACUUAGAAAAUCAUUUUCUUGGUUGAGUAUUAUGUUUAAGUCAACUUUUCUCAUAAACUAUCAAAGCUAUUGCUUUAAAACUUGCAACAGUUUUUCACCAUCAUAAGUGGACACUGUACAUCAAGAAACAUAACUCUAUCCUGCUUUUUGCAAGAAUGAUGGCCCUUUUUAGACUUAGAAAAUCAUGGGUAGGACAAUAUUUCUAUUACACAAAAAAAAUCAGAUGAGCGUCAGCACCCGCAGGGCGGUGCUCUUGUUUUUACACUUUACCAGUUUUUUUCAAUAUAUGAUUUUAUUUAGGAGUGAAUUGUUAUAAAACUUUCAGGAUAUCUUCUUUGCAUAAAAGCAACUUUUCCAUGCACAAAUUGCGUAAAUAAAUUUUCUUUUUCAAUGUGGGAAAGAUACAUUUUUUCAAUAAGUCACAGUUCAUGAAAAUCUUUAUUACAGAUAAGGUAGUUUAUACAGUAGCUUAUACUUUUGCUGUUCCUUUAUGGUAUAGAUCGUAACUUUUUCAGUAUGGUGUUGGAAUCAGUAAUCACAUCAGUUUUAAUUGCCUCAUGGUUAGGUACUGCCUCCAAUAAACUGAAAUUUAAUAACAAAGAUAUUUUUUACAGAAUGUCGCCUGUCUAACCUGUCAAAAUAUUGGGAAAAUGUAGUUAUAAAGAUCAGUGGGUGUUUUCCCAACUAAUCUAGUUAUUCAGAAGUGCUACUGUCAGUUUUAUAUACAUUCAGCUUUCCAUGUUACUGCUUUAUUCAUACAUGACAGUGGUAAAUUUAUACUUAUAUCAAUACUGUUUUUCUUCAGGUUUUGUUACAUUUAUGCAAGCUAAUUUAUGCAGGUUUAAGAAAUUUUGAAGCUCUCUGCAAGCAUUGUUCAGUCUUGUGUACCAUUUUACAUGAUGUCUUGUGUUACUUAGGCUUUAAAUCCUGCAUUUUCCAUUUAAAAUGGUGUUCUGGAAUGUUUGGAACAUACACAGCCUGUUAAGUAAAACUUGGUAUAGACAGAACAGUCAUGAUAAAAGAAGGCAACAAAAAAAAAAAAAAGAGAUGACAAUAGGAAACCAUGUCUUGGUUCCUAUCCAAAAUAUGUCUAGGAACCAGAAGUCUGGGAACCAAAUCCAGGCAGUGUUGAAUUUACUUGACAGUUUCACAGGACUAUUCUAAAAUUCUCUGUUCUAGAAUGCAAAUGGAAUAUAAGGAUUGUUUCUCAUCAUAUUAACAAACAUAACUUCUACAUUUCUGUGUCAAGUUUAACAUAUCUGUGAAUCUCUAGUUGUAAAUUCAGGUUUUCUGACACAGGCUUUGGAGGCACAAGUUUACUGCUGUUUUGUCUCAGUCUUUUAAAUGGAGAAUUUUUUUUUUAGUCACUGCCCAUAUGGCCAGUAUAUUUUGUAUUCUUUCUAUAAAAAAAUCAUUAAGUAAUUAAAAAAUCAAAAUGUGUUGUGUUUUUAGCUCACCUGUCACAUAGUGACAAGGUGAGCUUUUGUGUUCACCCUUCGUCCGUCGUCAGUGCGUCCGUCCGUCCGUCAACAAUUUCUUGUCUGCACGAUAGUGGUUUCAUUUAUGGUUUUUUUGAAACCAAACUUGCACACAACUUGUAUCACCAUAAGAUCUCGGUUCCUUUCUUGAACUGGCCAGAUCCCAAUAUGGGUUCCAGAGUUAUAGCCCCUGAAAGGGCCAAAAUCAGCUAUUUUGACCUUGUCUGCACAAUAGCAGCUUCAUUUAUGAUUUGAUUUUAACCAAACUUGCACACAAUUGUAUCACUAUAAGAUCUUGGUUCCUUUCUUGAACUGGCUAGAUUCCAUUAUGGGUUCCAGAGUGAUGGCCCCUGAAAUGGCCAGAAUUAGCUUUUUUGACCUUGUCUGCACAACAGCAGCUUCAUUUGUGAUUUGAAUUUAAUCAAACUUGCACAAAACUUGUGUUACCAUAAGAUCUCAGUUCCUUUUUUGAACUGGCCAGAUCCCAUAAUGGGUUCCAGAGUUAUGGCCCCUGAAAGGGCCAAAAUUAGCUAUUUUGACCUUGUCUGCACAAUAGCAGCUUUGUUUAUGAUUUGAUUUUAACCAAACUUGCACACAACUUGUAUCACCACAAGAUCUUGAUUCCUUUUAUCAACUGGCCAGAUUCCUUCAUGGGUUCCAGAGUUUUGGCCCCUUAAAGGUCCAAAAUUGGCUAUUUUGGCUUUUGCAGCCAUAUAGAGACUUCAUUUAUGGUUUUAUUUGAUACAAACUUGCAAAAUAUCUUCAGCAACAAUAAAUCUUGGAUUCCAUGACAAAUCAGAUCCAAUCAUAGGUUCCAGAGUUAUUUUAUAUCUGAUUACCUCCCCUGAUUGUAGUCAAAAUGGAUUUAUAUCAGUAAGUACUUAUAGGACUUAUUUGAAAUUUCAUUAUUGUCAUAAGUUAGACUGAGCCAAUCAGGGUAGAUAACUAUGGACUGAUUUUAUGUCAAAUUACCUCCCUUUAUUUCAAAUUAAAAUGGGUAUAUCUCCGUAACUAAUGAAGAUACUGAUCUGAAAUUUCAUUUAUGUCAACAGAUUUAUUUAGCAGAUCCUUCUUUUGUUCACUUACAAUAAUUUUCUUUUUAAUUACUUCCCUUUUAGGUUAAUAUAAAUAGCUUAUUUUUAGUAACUUUUUUAUUACUGGCCGUAGGGAAAAACCGAGACCACUUUUCUGUGGUACAACAUGAAUGGUACCUCCAAUUUUUAGGUGUAUUUUGACAUAUCUGUACCUUGUAAUUUCUUUCCUUUGUUGUUCCUGUCCUUUGGACUUAGAUAUUUUUUCUGAGGACCUUCUUGUCCUCAAGUGCAAUGAUAACAGGUGAGCAAUAUAGGGCCAUCAUGGCCCUCUUGUUUUACUCUAGUUGAAAUACUUAUCUUGGGGAACUGAUUUUUGUGGAUUUAGUAUUGAAUCAAUCCAGUCCGGAUUAAGUCUUAAUUAAGCAGUGAAGUUCAAAUUAAUUUGAGCCGCAUCAUGAGAAAACCAACAUAGUGCGUUUGCAACCAGCAUGGAUCCAGACCAGCCUGCGCAUCCGUGCAGUCUGGUCAGGACCCAUGCUGUUCGCUUUAAAAGCCUAUUGCAAUUAGAGAAACUGUUAGCGAACAGCAUGGAUCCUGACCAGACUGCACAGAUGCGCAGGCUGGUCUGGAUCCAUGCUAGUUGCAAAUGCACUAUGUUGGUUUUCUCAUGGCGCGGCUCAUUUUAUCUUCAAACUGAUAUCCCCAUGAAAUAGCCAUUCUGGUCAAAGUCACGAAACUUUGCACGUCAUCGAAAUUAAAAGUAAGGGCUGGAUGUUUGUGGUUAGUGGAUAUUGUUGCAAUGGGUCAAAUUGUCAGUAAUUAGCAGAACAAGACAGCAGGACUGGUAUUAGAAUCUUUUCUUUAUAAAUGUAUAUACUGGCAAGGUUGGGUUAUACUGUGUUGGUGCGCCGUAAAACCCAAAUAAAUAAAUAAAUAAAUAUUUCUUCAAAAUCAGUCUCCUUGUCCAUUCUGUUCUUAUGCAACAAAACUCUGGGCAUUGAGGUAUUCCAUAUUUUCUCAUUUUUACUGUUGAUCUUUCCAUUAUGAUUAUUUUUGUUUUUGAAUUAACUGUUAAAUGUAAAAAUGUUAUUAAUAUAGAAAUUGUUGAUAUAGAAUCUGUUGUUACAUAUCAAACAAGUUGUGAAUAGUUACAUACCAUUCCAUUGAUUUUGACUGUUAUUUCAUUUAGAGGAAUUUUAUAUUUUUACUCAUAUUGAUAUAUUUUGUAAAUCAGUUGUGAAUUAAACCAUGAUACUUGAAAAUA